UGUUCCUUUUGUCCUCCCGAAGCCACCGUACCGUGACGUCACAGUAAAGAUGGCGCUGCCCGUGCGGACAAACUUCAGAAAUGUCUCUAGAUUCAUCCGGACCCGUUUCUCUUCGGUCAGAUCCGUCUGCGCCGGAACCAGGAGCCCGGAGAACCAGGAGCCUCCAGGAGGUGGGCGUGUAUUUUCUGGGAUCCAGCCAACCGGGGUGCCCCACCUGGGCAACUACCUGGGUGCCUUGGAGAACUGGGUGGCCCUGCAGAACCAGUAUCCGUUGGUGCUCUACAGCAUUGUGGACCUGCAUGCCAUUACCCAGCCUCAGGACCCGAAGCAGCUGAGGAGCAGCAUACUGGACAUGGCAGCCAGUCUGUUGGCAUGUGGCAUCGACCCAGAGAGGGCCAUACUCUUCCAGCAGUCUAAGGUGUCUGAACACGCUGAGCUCUCCUGGAUCCUCGGCUGUCUGACCAGCAUGCCCCGCCUCCGACACCUGCCGCAGUGGAAGAUGAAGAGCAAACAGAAGAACGAGGGCAGCGUCGGCCUCUUCACGUAUCCUGUUCUCCAGGCUGCAGAUAUUCUCCUUUACAAGUCCACGCACGUCCCCGUCGGAGAGGAUCAGGUCCAGCAUUUAGAGCUGGCUCAGGAUCUCGCUCGCAUCUUCAACAAUUGUUACGGAGACGUGUUCCCUGAACCCUGCGCCCUGCUCAGCUCCACACGAAAGGUCAAGUCCCUCCGCAACCCCUCCGCCAAAAUGUCCAAGUCCGACCCCCAAGUGAUGGCGACGAUCACCAUCACAGACUCUCCUGACGACAUCGCCCUCAAGCUCCGCCGAGCCGUCACAGACUUCACCUCCGAGGUCACCUUUGACCCAGAGGCCCGUCCAGGAGUGUCCAACCUAGUGACGAUCCACGCCGCCAUGGCGAUGAUCAGCGUGGAGGAGGCGGUGUCCCAGGCCAGAGGGUUGGACACGGGAGCCUAUAAGAAUCUGGUUACUGAGGCGGUGAUCCAGAGGUUGACGCCCAUCAGAGAGGAAAUCGAGAGGCUGAAGUCGGACCAGGCUCACCUGGAGGGAGUGCUGGCUCGGGGGAACCACCGGGCGCAGGAACUGGCUGCACCGGUCCUCACAGAGGUCCGGCAGCGAGUGGGAUUCUGCUGAGAUGCAGCUCGGCUGGAAAAUAAAGCCACAUUUGUACCGCGGGCCCGCUCAGUGCUUAACUGCUGCUGAUAUAAAAUUUUAUUCCAAUGACUGUUUAUAUUUCCAGGAUAGUCAAGGAUGUAACGUAUUUAUUAGAAAGGGUGUUGAAAGCAAAGGGGAAAAGACUCGACAGCAGACUCCUGUCAUGUUUAGACUAAAGACUCAUUGGUGGACAAGCUUUUAAAGACUUUGACCUCUGUGUUGGUCUCAUUGAAAUGAAUGAGGAGGCUGUUUCUAAUGAUGCAGAGGUGUAAACGCAUCAAAAUGAGAACACGACAAUAAGAGCAUCUACUAUAAGAGACCAUAAGACAUUGCAUCUUAUUUAUUUGUGACCACACAAACUGUCUGUUUGGUCUUCUUGUCCUCACUCGCUAGCAGUUGCACAGCCAAACUGCAGCACCAGCAAAACUCUGUAACCUACUUUCUUUCAAAGACGCAACAUUUACUUAUUAAAUUACACUGACUUGAUUUCAUUCUUCGAAUACGAGUGGAAUUUUGAUCACGGGUGUUGAGAUCUGAUGUUGUAACACUUGUCUGUGGUUCUGUUCGCACCGACAGUUCAGUCAGGUUUGUCUGUCGAUGUUGGAAGCAGAUUAGAUUCAGGAAAUCUGAACCCAGAUCAGCGGUUUAUCAGAAGUGAUUUUCAAGGCAGGAGAACUGUGACAAUACAAAUAAACAGACAAAUGUAAGAAAAUGCACCAGAACGCAUGCAAAUACAAAGGUGAGACAGUUAGAAGCUGCUGUGGCUGCAGGAUGUUGUGUUCCUCCUGCACUGCAGACCGUAUACGACCUGUUAGACGGAGAGAGAUGACUCCAGAGGUUCUGUGGUGCAAUGAGUGAAAUAAAUAUUAAUAACCAGA